AGUCCAAUGUUCAUGAGUAUAACCCUUCUUACAAAGAGUGAGGUUUUACAUUUUACAAGAAAUUAUUAUACGCCAUUUCUAAAUAUUGGGCUCCAAAUGAUAAGGUCUAAAGCUAUUAUAAAAAGAUCUCUAUUUUUUAACCUUUGGGCCCUUAUUUUCCCAAGAAAAUGCCUACAACACAGAAAAUACUGAUGUUCUCUUCGGGCUUUCUCACAAGCUUUGGGGCUUUCAUCGUCAUUUGCUCUGUUCUUGCGACUCAAGAAUGGAUCAGAAGUACUAUUGCCAUUAGUGACCCUUCUUCCAACGGUAGUGUUAUUAUCAACUAUGGACUCUUUCGUGGGAAGAGCAUUCAAGAAUUGAAUCAUGGACUUGCAGAAUCAGACAAAGAUUUUGAAGUUUUAAGGAAACUGAACGAUUCUUCCCAAAAAGUUCUGCACGUGGUGGUUAUCCUGUUCCUGAUCCUCGGUUUGUCCACGACGUUGCUGAGCGCUGGGUUUACUUUCUACAAUAGCGUCAGCAACCCCUACCAGACGUUCCUGGGGCCGGUGGGCGUGUACACCUGGAGCGGGCUCAGCGCAUCCUUCGUUUUUGUGGCCAUGAUGCUGUUUGUGGGGAACAUACAGUCGAAUCAUCUCUCGGAGGAGCUGGCCCAGACGCUGUACCCACUGUACCCCACAGCCACUCACAAAGGGACAGCCCACAGCUAUGGGUACUCAUUCUGGCUCCUGCUGCUCGUCAUUCUCCUAAACAUCGCCACCGUGGUCAUCAUCGUUUUCUACCAGAAGGCCAGAUACCAGUGGAAACAGGAGCAGAGGAAGCCAGUGGAAUAUGCCCCAAAGGAUGGAAUUUUGUUCUGAAUUCUCCAUCAGGUCAUUUUGUCCUUCGGUCUAUGCUGUUGCUCAGCUCCUGAGCGUUAACUGGGUGGCUGGUCUGGACGAUCAGCAUGGCCAAGUCCUGGCUGGCUGUCACUUUGUGAUCGUUACUGUAUCUCAUGACACUAUGUUCUUCAUAAAUGAUGUACCCUUACAAAGGUUUCUUCCCACUCGGAUGGGGAAGAUGAAGGGAAAGGCCUCCAUUCCAUGCCGUGUCCAAAGUGGUAGAAAAACUAUGAGCCUGUGGACCCUCCUGACCUGGUCUCACUCUCUAAAUUAAUAAAGGUUUGUGUUAUACCCCUUUCCUCCAAGCAGCUCAAAGCAUUUUAGCACCUAUGAUCCCAUUCUCCUCAGGAGAGCCUGCGUAUUUUUGUUCCACUCUGUGAAUAAAGAUGGCCAGGCGCAGGGAUUUGGAACCCAUCUUUCCAGGACCAGCUGCCGAAGGCAAAAGGCGAAACUUAUGGGUGAAUGACCUGGUCCUCUGGGCCCCUAGUUGCUAAAGCAACUCAAACCCAGUGGUGGGCAGAAAUGCUGAUGUGUGACCUUCCAAUGCAGUUUUGAGGUUCUGAGGUGUGGUUUUGUAUGGAAAGGGUUAGGAAGUGUGAAGAUUGAAGAGAGAUAAGAAUCAUAAGCUCACAGCCUAUAGGCGAAGGAGGCUAAAUAUAUUUUUGGUUUAAACGGAUUGUGCUGACUUUAGUCAAAAUGGAAAUGCAACAUUGCAACAAGUUCUAGCAACCACCACCUCGGCCAAGCCUCUGCCUGGUCACUGCAGUGUUGGCAUGGGAGUAACUGGUUAGAUGUGAGUGUAUCACCCAUCGGAAAAGUGCUGCCCAGCCGGAGGCUAGCAAGGCGUGGGCUAGAGCACCACAGCUCGUAGGCAUUGCCUGAAUCAAGGCAGGGCAGAUGCAGGACAUAGGUGCAGGGUUGCCCUCUGUGAGCAGGUGGGUAAAACUUGCUCACAGUCUCCUGAAAAGACAAUGAGCACCAGGAAUUUUUGGAAAGCACCAGAAUGGAUUCUACUGACUCUACCAUAGGCUCUUCUAGAAAAUCACUUUGAGGAUCUUUUGGUCUUGAAUAUCCCACAAAUUGGGUGGAACACUGGCAGGAUUCUGAAGUAUUCUUUCAUGUCAGAUGGACCUGAAGUCAAAUGGAGCAGAAAUCCCUUCAUGUAGUUUACCAAGCAGUACCUGUUUGGACAGAAAAAUGUCUCCUUUAUGAAGCCAUCAAGAAUUUAUGACCUCCUUACCUAUUAUUUUUUAACAGCCUGUCUCAGAAAUAAUAUUUUUCAUUCAGGAAACAAUGUAUUGAAUAUCUGUGAUGUCAUUAACAUUGUGCCAACUCAGAAAUCUGCCUCCAGGGAGCUUCCUGGUGAGCAGUCACGGCAGACAUUCAAAAAGCAGCUACUAAAUUCCGUGUGAAACAGGCACUAGUCAAAAGAUGGUCUCUGUAUCCUCCCACCCCAAAGUCCUCCAAGUCAAGGCUACUCUAAUAAAUUAACUUAUUAAGAAACUGAACAUAUUAAAACAUGAUGCUCAACAGUGGAUGUCUAAAUUCUUUGAGGCUAAAAACAUUUAUGUUCUUUGAAGGUCUGAACUUUAUAACAGAUUCUGAUAAUGUGCACAAGGAAUGAGGAGGGAACAGAAGCAGGUAACGAAUCCACGCAAAUGGUUGCUGAAUAGGCAGACACUCCGGUAGUGUACGGGGCCAAGGACACGGAGGAUGUUUGGACUGUAUUUAUUCAUCUCAGUGUUUGAACGGAGCUUGGUUUCUUUGGGGAACAAACUAUCUUAAUCUUAAUAUCCCAGAUGACCUUGAAGGAGCCACUGAAAACCUGAGAAUCAGGUAAAUGGAACUAAAUUUUGCAAUUGCAGAGGUAAAAAGCAUGGCUCCCUUAUGUCUGAAAGCAGAAGGUAAUGAAACUGUGUAUUCAGCAGAAAUUGUGUUAAGGAAAAUUUGUAGGCUACUCACAAACACAGGCAGUGCUGCAGGGCCCAGCUCAGGCCUCCCUACCCCAGCCUACAAGGUGGGACUUUUAGCAAACCUCUGUAUUGCAACAAGGGUGGCUAUUGCUUCAAGGAAAAAGUGCUGUUGAAUAGUAAUUUGCAGCUCUAAAACCACGUAGUACAUGUGCAUUACAUUUGCUGUAAUGGAACCCCAUGAAACACUAUUUUGAAGGGGUCCGAGCUAGUCUGUGGAAACAGAAUGU